AUGCACAAAACAGAUAUACGAUCAUUAAUGCACUUCUAUUAUUUGCCAUACUUUCUUCUGCAGAUUUUGUUCUUGCAUCGUUCAUUACAGCAGUAUUGCCAAGCCAUGCUCAUAAACCGGCUUGAUUUCGCUGUACUUAAAUACAGAAACCAAAAGCUUUCAGAACAGCUAGCAGUCCAUAAGUUUGAGUACCAUGCCCUUGAGGGUAAAUUUGAUGAUCUCAAGCAGAAACAGAAGGCUCACCACGAGACCCAAGAUCUAGCUAACAAGUCUUGGGAGCAUCUUGUGAGAGAUUUGAAGGCUAUUUCUGCUUGCAAAAGUGGAUUUCAAAAUCCUUCCUGCAGUGCAGGUCCUAGCAAUGUGUCUACAGAUGGCACAUGCAUCCCAAAAGACAAGGACUUCCUUAGCAGACUUGUUGAGACAGGUGCCACAGAAAGUUCAGGUUGCCAUUUGGAAAACCAUGUACACUCGUCAAGUACUGAUGUGCUGCAGAAUAUAUUGUUCUCAUCAAAUGAUUCAUGGCAUGCAAAUAAGAAGUCUCUGUUAGAUCUCUUUGCUGCAUUACCUGAAAAUGAGCGUAGUAGGGAAUUGCGAACUACUGGUACUGAGCUGUCACUACAGCUUAAUGAUGCCAUACAAGAACUUAGUGAUCUCCACUUGAAGCACAGGCGGUUAACAGAGAAGCACCAUGAAGAGAGAUGUUUAAACGCUCGAAGCAAAGCUGAACAGAAACUCCUUAAAGAGGAGCUGGCAAGUGCUGUUGCUGAGUUGGAAGAAAGCAACCACAAAUUGGCAGUCCUCAAAGCACAGGGAGACCCUACACAUGGAACUCCAAUCUUAUUUCCAACUUUAGGAAAUAAAAGCUUGCCUGAGGAUAAUGUCAGAGACAAACAAAAGGAAUUGCAGGAUCUAGAGGCAUGUCACAAGGAGUUUACGGAUCUGAUUUCACAACGUUUGGUGGAAAUAAGGAGACUUCACGAAGAUAGAAUUGAAAUUUUGAACAAGUUGUCUACCUUCCAGAACACUUUGAUGGAUUUUAAGAGCAUUUCUUCUUCAAAAGCUUUCCAAGUUCUGAAGGAUCAACUCCAAAAGUCACAAGCAGAGUUGGACCACUGCCGAAUGCUAUUAGAGAAAUUACAGGUUAAUAAGGAUAAAUUGAUAUGGCAAGAAAGGGAAGUUAAUGUAAAAGUUGAUCUGUCUGGAAUUCCUCAUAGGGUAUCUCUGAAUUGUGAGUCAAGCAUUGCAGUUUUAGAACAGAAUCGGCAGAAAGUAGUUGAUGAAAAGAAUAUGCUUGCGCUGAAACUUGAAGAAUCUUCGAGAGAACCUGGUCGGAACCAAAUCAUAUCAGAAUUUAAAGCGCUGGUGUCAUCACUGCCAGGAGAAAUGGGUGCUAUGCAAACUGAAUUAUCCAAGUACAAGGAUGAUGCUUCAGAAUUGCAUUCUUUGCGAGCCGAAGUUCACUCUGUUUCUGAUAUUCUGGCUAGAAAGGAGCACACUAUCGACGAAUCAUUAUGUAGAUCUGCUCACGCUGGAUCUGAGACAAGGGGUCUACGAUCCAGGGUUUGUGAACUAAGGCAAACGAAUUGCGAGUUGAAGCUCUUUGUGGAAAUGUAUAAACGCGAUUCUACUGAUUCAAGAGAUUUGCUGGAGUCCAAAGAUGGAGAAUAUUGUGAAUGGGCUCAUGUCCAUAGCCUCAAAUCUUCUCUUGAUGAGAGUAGGCUAGAACAGCGUGUUAAGGUAGCCAUUGAAGCUGAAGCAAUGUCUCAGCAGAGACUAGCAAGUGGUGAAGCUGAGAUUGCUGAAUUAAGGGGGAAGAUGGAGAGUGCCAGAAGGGAUAUUGGUAGUUUAUCUGAAUUAUUGAAAUCAAAACAUGAAGAAGGUGAAGCGUACCUGUCAGAGAUUGAGAGUAUUGGGCAAGCAUAUGAAGAUAUACAAACACAAAAUCAACAAUUGCUACAGCAAAUUAUUGAGAGAGAUGACCACAAUACAAAGAUCUUUAUGGAAGGCGUUAAGGCGAAACAGGCACAGGAUACUUUGCAUUUAGAAGUAUGCAACCUGAACAGGAAUUUACGGCAGGCAAAGAGCUUGAUGGAUCUCUACAAAGAUAAAGUUGCCCAGUUUGACGACAAGUUAAAAGUUUGGUCAGAGCAGAUAGGGAGACUUUCAGAGGAUGGACGGCGACAUUCUGUAUCUUCAGGCAAUGCUCAACGAAAGCUGGUGGAUGUACAGGGAGAGGUUCAACAAUUGAGGAAGUCAAUGGAUGAAGUACAAGCCAAGGUCGGGAGGAAUCGACUAGAAGUUGCUGGGUUGCUUGUAGAACUAGAGAAGGAUAGGUUUAGUAAGAGGAGAAUUGAGGAUGACUUGGAAUCGAUGUCAAGGAAAGCUAGUUCUCUUCGAGUGAAGACAGAAGCCUCGUCGUUGUUGGAAAAGGUUCAUCAGGAGGUCAAUGAGUACAGGGGAAUAUUGAAGUGUGGUGUCUGCCGCGACCGACAGAAAGAGGUCGUGAUCACCAAGUGCUACCAUCUUUUCUGCAAUGACUGUAUACAGAAGUUACUUCGAAACCGCCAGCGGAGAUGUCCUUCCUGUGGAUUAAGCUUUGGGGCCAAUGAUGUGAAGCCGAUUUAUAUAUGA